GCUCUUCCUCUCCCCCGACCCUCUGCAGCCGACGAACCCCCCAGCCACCGCCACCCAUUUUUCCGGCCGGAAAUCCGGCAAAGCUCGGGGAUUUCUCCCUAUUUUCUUGUCUUAGAACACCUAGUAAACCCAGAAAUUCCCCCUCUUUGCUGGAAAUUCCAGAUCUGCGCUGUCUUCUUCCCUUUGUCCGUCGACCUCUGCUUGUGUGGGUGUGAAUUCUCGGCUUUUAUGAAUUUCCCCCAAAUUGCCGCCGGCCUCUUCCCCCUGCCAUGUCCGGUUCUGCAGCUGGAAAAUUUCUGGUUUUGAUCGUUCUGUCACCGUGGCACUUGGGUUAGCCUUUUGUUCGGUGCGAGUGAGGAAGCGAUACUGAGGACGGGGGAAACCGAGGGGAGUGACGAGUUAGAAGGCUAGCCAUCGUGUAAAUUGAAUAUGGAUUUUAGAUAUAAAUGAUGAUCUUGUAAGCGAGAUUUUAAUUGGAGAUUGUAAAUUCAUUUAGUGGAUAGUUAGUUUAUAAGAGAUUUGAUCUGGAGAUUUUGAGGUUAAGUCGUGUUUGGACAUAGGGAAUUAAUUUUGAAAUAUCUGAUCUGAGUUUGGAUUGUCAGAUGUGAUUUGGAUAAGUUCCGAGCCUUGUGCAUUCGUGGGACUCGAUCACGAGUGCACGGCGUCUGUCGUGUCUCCGGAUUUGGGUUCUGGGGGCGUGACAGACCCAACAUAAAUCAAGGCUGGAAAGAGGAGUUUCUGGGCUGAUUUUACCAGGAAAAACCGAAGCUUAUACCCAGCAGCAGCCGGCGGCAAGGAAGGAAGAAGGCAGCAGAUCCGGGAAAAUUUUUGCAAGAGAGAGAAGUUCUAAGUUCUAGACUUGUUCUUGGGCAAGAGGAGAACAAAAAUCAUCAAGUUCUCUUACCAAUUUUUCGGAUGAAGGCGCUGGAAAUGGCUGGUGAUGUUCGGCUGCAGGGAGAAAGGAAAACAGAGCAGACACAUGAAAAUGCUGGAAAGAAAGAAAGAAAGAAGAAAAAGAUAAAGGAAAUGAGUCAGCCGGCCUUAUCCAAUAGCCUUUUAACCCCUUUGAAGUUUGAAAAAUUGACAAUUAGGUCCAUUAAUAAUGUUUUCUCACUAUUAAGUCCUUAACUCAACUUAUAUGCUCUAGGAAAUUUUGGGGUAUUACAACCGCUAUUCGCUAUCUGUUGAAUUUUAACCAUUGUACCAAACAAGCCCUUAGACUUAUAGUUUUGGUUU